AUGAAAUACGACUACGUAAUUGCCGGCGGCGGCACAUCCGGCCUCCUCCUCGCCAACCGCCUCUCCAGCCAUGCCAACACCACCGUCGCCAUCAUCGACCCAGGCCAAGACGUGCGCGCCAACCACAAUGUGACCGAUCCAUCGCUCUGGCUCCAGAACUUCAACACCCCCAUCGACUGGGCCUACCCAACAGUCGCUCAGGCGGGGGCCGCAGGCCGCACAUUCCAGAUGCACGCGGGCAGGGCCGUCGGAGGCACAAGCACCAUUAACGGGAUGACAUACAUACGAGCAGACGCGGCGGAGAUUGAUGCGUGGGAAGUGCUGGGAAGCCCAGGGUGGAACUGGAAUGCGCUGCUGCCGUAUUACGAGAGGGUGGAGCGGUUCACGGCGCCGACGGAGGCGCAGGCAAGGGUGGGGGCGAGCUUUGAGCCUCAGUAUCAUGGCGAGGAGGGCUGGGUGCAUGUGGGGUUCCGGUAUGCGCUGCCGAAUGGGUCAUUUGAGGGGAUCGUGCAGGAUACAUGGCAGGCUCUGGGGUAUGGGUUCAAUGAGGAUGUGAAUAGUGGGGAUACUCGUGGGUUUGAUGUCUGGCCGCAGACCAUCGAUAGGGACACAGAUCUUCGCUGGGAUGCGGCGAGGGCAUUCUACUAUCCGAUCGAGGGUCGCUCCAAUCUGCACCUUUUGAAUGGUACGGUGGUACGAUUGUUGUGGGAGGAGCAGGGCGGCGAAACGAACAGGACAGCGGUUGGAGUGGCGUAUCUGGAUGUCAACAACAACACGAAUACCGUCGAGGCUGGAAGAGAGGUGAUCUUAUCAUCUGGGUCGCUCAGGUCACCUCUCAUUUUGGAAGCAUCAGGAGUCGGAAACCCACAAGUCCUCUCAACCCUCGGAAUUGACACCAUUAUCGACCUCCCUGGUGUUGGAGAGAACCUCCAAGACCAGCCCAACACCGAUAUUCUCUACCUUGGAAACCUAAGUGUCACAGGAAACGCAACAUACGCGACCUUCGGCACAGCAGACGACGUGUUCGGCCCAGACAAGUCGACCUGGGCGACUUCCACGAGCGCCAACCUGUCGCAAUACGCCCAGAUAAUAGCCUCGGCGUCCAACGACGCGUUGAACACGACAGCGCUGGAGUUGUUACUGGCAGUCCAACACGACCUGAUGUUUGCUAAGAAUGUAACCAUUGCCGAGUCACUUGUGACUUACAGUGAGGGAUACUUCCUGACGGCAUUCUGGCUUCUGCUGCCGUUCUCAAGGGGCAGCGUACAUCUUGGCGGGGUGGGCGCAAUCGAAAGGCCGGUGAUUGAUGUGCGGUACUUUUUGAUCGAUUUCGACAUGGUCCAGGAGGUCGCCAUUGGAAAGCAGGCGCAGUCGUUCUGGCAUACAAGUCCGAUGCAAGGCUACAUCACCGCUAACGUGACGGAUGAGUCGUCAACAGACGAACAAUGGACUGAAUUUAUUACGAAUUCUUUCGGCCCGAACUACCAUCCAAUCGGCACGGCGGCCAUGAUGUCCAGGGAACUCGGAGGAGUGGUCGACAACGAGCUGAGGGUUUACGGCACGAGUAAUGUGCGAGUGGUGGACGCCUCGGUGUUGCCUCUACAAGUCAGUGGACAUCUUACGGCGACGUUAUACGCUGUAGCGGAGAGGGCGUCAGAUAUGAUAAACGGGUGGUCUUCAUGAGCGACAUGUCUGAUGUCGAACAUGUUGUACAUGAUGAUACUUGUCAGAAACAGCAUGCGAGUUGAUGUACACAAAUACAAGCUUAG